AAAGCGAAGCGCAUCGAGAAGUCACAACACGGAAGACGUCAUGUUAUGUAAGCAGUGGCUGGCCCCAUACUUUGGUCACGUGCGAUGGCGACCUUUUCUUUUCUUUCUUGUCGACUUCAACUUCUCAACUUCAGCUUCAUCAACGACGACGACAACGACUACGAGAGCAGCAACGUUGCUCCUUUUCUUCGUUUUUAUUUAGCAGUCACCAGCCCCUUAUUUCUUCUCAAGUGGUUAGCGGAGAAGAUAUUUUGGGCUGACUCCCUCAGUCUUGUGUCUUUCUAGAAGGUAUCUGACAUGUGCCAAGUUACAUCACCUAUUUCUCUCAUUUUCUUCCAAAGUGAUGCUAACUGACCCUUGUCUUGUAACAGUAUAAUAGCUUUAUCCCAUAGUUCCCUUGCGCCCUUGAUCCGUUUGAGACUUUUUGACACACCUGUGCGGGCACUCUCACGGCUUGGUGGCGCUUUCUUUCUCCCCUCUUCCUGUUACGGGCUUUUUCGCUGUCAUUCUCAGUCCUUCGCUAGGCGGCCGCUUGGGUGUCCCUUGUUGUUAUAUGUGAUAUCUUCAUCUUGUAUCCCACUUGGGUGUUAGCAGGCCUGAAAGAAAUAUCAGAGAAAAGAAGAAAAGAAAGAAAGACAACCCAGUUUGAUCCUCGAACACAAUCUGUUCCCUCGCAACUCGGCUUUUCCCUUCGUCUCCUGGAGGGAAGACUUGACUUAGGACGGAGGCAUCUGCUUGCUUUCUUUUGAAUCCUCCAUCGCUCUGGUCCUUUACCUCCGCCUAAUAGUUCUUUAUUAACGAUUCAAGCCAAAAAAAACCCGUAACCUGGCCAUUAUUCUCUUCCUCUUUACUUUCUCGAAUGUUUCCCCCCUAAUCAUCUUCCUUUAUUUCCAAUCCCACUCUUCUUCCUUUGUACUUCGUGAAUCACCGACUCUGUCUUGUUGGAUUCCCUCUUGCUAUCAUCUUCAUACCCUUUCUCAUAACUUUCUCCAUCGAGUGUCUGGCUCUUCGUCAAAAGUAGGUGUUUGUGUUACACAUCGAUCUUGCUCCCUAUCUCCAAAUCUAGACGUUGUUCAUUUUUUUUUUUCCCGCAGCCUUUGCUCCAGCCAUCAUGGCCUCUUCUGUCCAUUUCAAGUUCAAGUCUCAGAAAGAACCCUCGAGGGUGACAUUCGAUGGAACUGGCAUAUCAGUCUUUGAGCUGAAGAGGGAAAUUAUCACUCAAAACCGACUGGGAGACGGCUCUGAGUUUGAGCUUUCGAUCUACAACGAGGAUACAAAUGAAGGCUAGUUUCCUCAUUCUUUGGAUACCCUGAAUUACCUAUAUACUAACGACUUGUAGAAUAUGACGAUGAUACGGCUAUCAUUCCUCGAUCAACCUCAGUCAUUGCUCGCCGCUUCCCAGCCGCACGUCCCGGUAAAGGCGGCGCGGCGAGAUACAUGUCAGGCAAGGCACCUGUCACGUCGCGGAAUGUGCAGCAUGAUGGCGAACAAUCUACUCGUCAGGAUACUGGCGACAGUGGCAUCGAAAUCAGUAGUCUCCAGUCGGAAGAUGAGAAACUUAAAGCAUUGUUUCGGCUGCAGGAGACACAGUGGAAGGAACAGCAGCAAGACAUGACAAAGUGAGUCCAUAACCUAAGCAAUACUUCACCAUGUAUCUUCAUUGACCGAUAAUAUUGUAGUAUGACUCCCGUUAUGGGUCGAGGCCGAGGGAAACCUGUAACGGUUCCCGAUCACCCACCUCCGCCAGGUUAUCUCUGCUACCGGUGUGGCGAGAAAGGUGAGCUUAACCAGCCUGGUUUUUAUGGUUUAGAAUAACCCUAACAUUCAUUAUAGGUCAUUGGAUCCAGGCCUGUCCAACAAAUAAUGAUCCCCGGUUUGAUGGCCGAUAUCGUGUUAAGCGGUCUACAGGCAUUCCCCGUUCAUUCCAGAAAAAAGUGGAGAAACCAGACUCGCCUGCUUUAGAUGGCUCGGAUGACAAUUCGAAACUUACAGGGGUUAUGGUGAAUGCUGAUGGGGAUUUUGUUAUUGCUCAACCAGAUAAAGCUUCGUGGGAGUUAUAUCAAGAGAAGGCAACUGCAUCCAAAGCAGCAGAGGCCGAAGCAGCUAAUGCUGAGCGAAACAAACAAUUGCAGAACAGAGGUCUCUUAUGCCCCCUUGACAAAAGAAUGUUGUUAGCGCCUACAAAGACACCGUGCUGCGAAAAGACAUAUUGUAGUGAUUGUAUCACUAAUGCCCUAAUUGAGAGCGAUUUUGUCUGCCCCAACUGUUCUGCUGACGGUGUUUUGCUUGACAAUCUAUCCGUUGAUGAAGAAGCUAUUAAAAGGCUGGCCGAAUUCGAGACCGAAAAGUCACAGAAGACGGAGGGAACCGAGAUAAACUUGCCUGAGAAGGUAGGCUCGGAGAAGGCCAGUAACAAGGAACAGUCACAGCAAGAAGCGACCACCUCGAAGAAGAGAUCAGCAACUGAAAAUGGCGCAACCCAGGAUAAUGACCAACUUCAGGCACCGGCUAUGAAGAAACAAAAAUCCCGAGAUAGCACCGGUGAUACACAAAACAACACUCAACACACCACUCCGCAAAGCAAUAUUCCCCAGGUCACUACCCAAAGCAAUACGCAAAAUCGUAACUCUCAAAGCAAUACUCACGGCACUACACCUCAGAAUAAUAUUCCGCAACCUGGUCCUAUGAAUCCUUUCCCACAGAUGCCACCUCAACCAAUGAUGGGUGCAUAUGGGCAAAUGAAUCCGUUUGCCGGACAGGAUAUGAUGCCCAUGGGUGGAUAUUACAAUGGUGGGAAUAACUGGAGUCAGGCAUCAGAUCCUUAUAUGAUGGCUGCGGGACCCUUUAUGGGCGGGCCGGGCCAAAUGGGAUAUGGGAUGCCAAAUUCAGGAAUGAACUUCAAUAGUUUCAACCCACAGAUGAUGAAUCAAAUGAAUCAAAUGAAUCAAAUGCAACAGCCUUUCCAGCAACAUUACGGUAUGACUCCCUUUUCGAACCAACAGCGGAGCCAUAUCAGCGAACCGCUUGCGAAUGAGGAAGACUCCCCUUAUUUCAGACAACCUGUGAAUCCUCACCGCCACCAUGGAAGACAGAAGAGAACACGCCCUAGUGACUACCGGGAGCUGUAGGCAGACGUGCUUCGUUUUUAUGUUUCUCCAUGGUGCAGUGUCCUGUGUUGUUGCUGCUUUGGCUUGUUCCCCUUUACUCAUUUUUAAAAUGCCCCAGACGAAAAGAAAAAGAAGAAACCUGUAUCAUAGCAAUAGGGCUUCAUGAUGUAUAUACAAUGAUUAGUGAACCUUUUAAAUCAAUAUCACUAUUAAUA